CAGCCACCCUUCACAUUUCAUCCGGUCUAAAUUACGGUUUAUCCUGAAAAUAGGCACCCUGACACAUCUGUUUACGUGUCAUGUUUUUUUUUUUCAAACAGGGGCCAGAGACUUCCGAGAAGUAAAGCUGGCCCACACAGCUCUUAUGAAAUAACGGAUUUCAUCUUUUUUUUUUGUUUUUAUCCGCUGGAGACGAAGAAUCACAGUGUUACUAUAGGAGCAGCUUUUAUCGGCGUGCCUUUCUGCCUCACCGGCAUCCUGUAACCACGAAGAGGAUGCGAGCGGCGGUCUCGUCGGUUAUUGGUUAUUUUUCGCAUUGAAUUCCGCAGUGUUAUCUUUUGGGAACGUCGAAGAGGUGGAUGCCAGCGCGCGCAACCGAUUAAUAGCGCGUGUUUCCCAUGGCGCUGUCAUUCACUUUCGCCAGUCGCGUCGGUGCUUAAUGCCGGCGAAGGUGUGAGGGAGGAGACCCGCUCUGGAGGUUUGAUGCUCGUCCUCCUCAUCUGUCACAGCUUUAUAUCUCCGCCUAGACCAAUUUGGUGUAAACAUCUACAUUGAAUUGGCAAGAAAUGACUAGCGAGACAUCUCUGACUGACAGACACUACUUCAGCUGUUUCUUGAUGAUACUGUCACGCGAGCUGGGAGAUUUGGACUGCACGUACUGCCUUCAACUGUUCGCCGCCUGAGGAGCUGGAUAUGUUCAGACUAACGUGAAGAUGGAUAUUAUCUUUGCUCUCCUGUGGUUAUUGGCCGCACUAUUUGAAGGCGUUUUUUGCCAGGGAGUAUACGCUCCUCCAAACGUUCGGAUCAUCCACUCCGGUCACGCAUGCAACAUUGAGGAAGAGCGCUACACAGAGAGGGUGUACACCAUCCGGGAGGGGGAGACUUUGGAGCUGACCUGUCUGGUCUCGGGGCAUCCACGGCCACAGAUACGAUGGACCAAGACAGCAGGAAGUGCUACUGACCGCUUCCAGGAUUCCAGCGUAUUCAACGAGACACUGCGCAUAACCCGCAUCCAGAGGCACCAGGGCGGCCGCUAUUACUGUAAGGCUGAGAACGGCCUCGGCACUCCUGCCAUCAAAUCCAUCCGAGUGGACGUCUACUAUUUAGAUGAACCCAUUGUGACGGUCCAUCAGAGUAUAGGAGAGGCAAAGGAGCAGUUCUACUAUGAGAGGACAGUGUUCCUGCGGUGUGCUGCCAAUUCAAACCCUCCAGUGCGGUACAGCUGGAGACGGGGGAGGGAGUUCCUGUCUCAAGGUUCGGACAAGGGUGUGGAGAUCUAUGAGCCGUUCUUCACACAGGGGGAGACCAAGAUCCUGAAGCUAAAGAACUUGCGUCCUCAGGACUACGCUAACUACACGUGCAUUGCCUCUGUCCGCAAUGUCUGUGGCAUCCCCGACAAGAGUGUGCUAUUCCGGCUCACCAACAAAACUGCCUCCCCGACUAUUAAGCUGCUCGUGGAAGACCCCAUUGUGGCCAACCCUGGACAGACAGUGGUCCUAGUGUGCAUCAUCUCUGGAGGCGAGCCCACCCCGACCCUGACAUGGGUUCGGAACAAUGAAGAGCUUCCAAAGAAGAGCAAUCUCAACAGUGAGACCCUCACAAUACCUGCCAUCAGCACAGAGGAUGCUGGUGUUUACAGCUGUGUAGCCAGUAACGACGUGGGUAAUCCUGCGAAGAAAUCCACCAACAUUGUCGUCAGAGCUCUGAAGAAGGGCCGGUUCUGGAUCACACCCGACCCCUAUCAUAAUGACGACAACAUCCAGAUCGGCAGAGAGGUGAAGAUAUCCUGUCAGGUGGAGGCUACGCCGCCUGAGGAACUGAUGUUCAGCUGGCUGAAGAAUGGCCGUCCGCUGCGUAGCUCAGAGCGCAUGGUCAUUACCCAGACUGACCCAGACGUUGCCCCAGGAACCACAAACCUGGACAUCAUCGACCUCAAGUUUACUGACUUUGGCACUUACACCUGUGUGGCCUCACUAAAGAACGGAGGGAUUCCAGAGAUCAGCAUAGACGUCAACAUCUCCUCCACCACUGUUCCACCCAACCUGACCGUCCCACAAGAAAAGUCCCCUUUGCUCUCUCAGGAGGGAGACACAGUAGAGCUGCAGUGCCUGGUCUCCGGCAAACCCAAACCCAUCAUCCUUUGGUCCCGUGCCGAUAAAGAAGUACCCAUGCCGGAUGGAAACAUGCAAACCGAAAGCUACAACGGAGUUCUGCGCAUCGUCAACGUCUCCCGUGAGAUGGCUGGGACGUACCGCUGCCAAACCAGCCAGUACAAUGGCUUCAACGUCAAACCCCGAGAGGCCAUCAUGGAGCUCAUAGUGCUGUAUCCUCCCGCGGUGGAGCCGGUGUAUACAGAGAUCAGGCAGGGUCUAGGACGGCCGUUCUCACUGAGCUGCAGGGUGUUACGUGCACACCCCUCAAAAGUACUGGAUUAUGAAUGGAAGCUGGGCACCAGACUGCUCACAGUGGGCCAGCUGCAUACUCGGGAUGAGACAGAAUACCACGUAAGGGCCCUCAACCGUGAGGGCUACGGCGCGUACACUUGUGACAUCAAAAACGAAGCAGGAGCUGGCCGAUGUACUUUCCUUGUCACAGGUAAGGCCUAUGCACCUGAGUUCUACUAUGACACCUACAGCGCUCUGUGGCAGAACAAACCUCGUGUCUACGGCUUCAAACUCCAGUGGACUCAAAUGAAUCCCAAUGCGGUCGACCGUAUCAUGGCUUAUCGACUUGGUAUCAAGCAGACGGGGCAUCAGAGAUGGUGGGAGCAGGAAAUCCCGAUAGAAGACAACAUCCAGAAAGGAGAACUACUUACCUACAACCUUACUGAACUCAUUAAACCCGAGGCCUACCAGGUCCGCCUCACACCCAUAACACGAUUCGGGGAGGGCGAUUCAACGGAAAGGAUCAUUCGCUACUGUGAGGCCAGUCGAGAAACAGCACCGGUGAAUCCUCCUUGGAGUAAGUUUCACUGCGGCUUUGAUGAGGACACCAUGUGUAUGUUCAUCCAAGACAAAACCGAAGAGUUUGAUUGGACAAGACAUAGUGCUGCCACCAGGGACACUAAAUAUACACCCAACACUGGGCCCAGCAGCGACCGCACCGGCUCUAAACAAGGUUUCUACAUGUACAUUGAGACCUCACGACCACGUCUGGAGGGAGACAAAGCACGACUGUUGACUCCAUCCUUCAACAUUGCCCCUAAAAACCCCUACGGGAAUGUGGCCACCAACCCAACAUACUGCUUCAGCUUCUACUACCACAUGUAUGGGAAACAUAUAGGAACAUUAAAUGUGUAUUUGAGGCAGAAGAGCCAGAUGGGUCAGGAUACAUCCGUGUGGACCCUGAGUGGGAACCAAGGAGACCGUUGGAGGCAAGCCAGAGUUAACAUCAAUCCCACAUCCUCUUUUCAGAUGGUUUUGGAGGGUAUACGUGGUUCUGGCAUUGAAGGGGAUAUUGCUAUAGACGAUGUGACCAUAGAAGAAGGAGAGUGUCGAGACCCCCCACCCAGUAGUAAUAUAAGAUCCCUGGCUUCUCCCGCUGCAGUGCAUAUAUGGCAGCUCUGGCUCACUUUACUUUUGGUCUUGGUUGGCCUCCGAAGGUGACCUCAUCACAUGGAGGUGGAACCCUGAUUUGGUAUUCAUAGAGAUUUUGGCUGACUCAGACUGCCUGAACACAACAACCAAAGAUUCAUCCCGUCUACACAAAAGGAACGUAGGUUUUAGAUCCGUGUGAAUGAAGAGGAAGCCAGGGAGGGAAUCUAAAGCUGGCUAACACGAUGACAUGAGUAUUACACCGGAGUCCACUCCAGAUCUUGUGAAAAAGCCCAUUACUGUUGUCAGUGUUAUAAAGAACAGAACAGGUGGAUGGUUACAGCAGGAGGACGGCUUGAGAGACUUAAUAGGGGAAUCUUUCAAAGCACAAAGACAUAACGUGUAUUUUCAUCACUACAUGCUUUUUGCUUUGUUA